CAAGAAACAGACGUGAUGUCGAAGGCCGAAGGUGACGAGAAACGUUUGGCCAGAAGGAAACUCAUCGUCGCCUGCGUCAUCAGCCUCGUCUUCAUGACCGGAGAGGUGAUUGGUGGAUACGCUGCUCGCAGUCUGGCCAUAAUGACGGACGCGGCUCAUCUCUUGACUGAUUUUGGAAGCAUCCUGAUCAGCAUCUUCUCUCUGUGGAUCUCAUCCCGGCCUCGCACACACACCAUGACCUUCGGGUGGCAUCGAGCAGAGAUUUUGGGCAUGCUGCUGUCGGUCGUGUCAAUCUGGGCUGUGACAGCAGUGCUCGUCUUAUCGGCCAUACAGAGGAUCUCUGACGGAGACUACGACAUCGACAGUCAGAUCAUGCUCAUAACAUCUGGCUGCGCUGUGGGCGUCAACGUCCUGAUGGUCCUGAUCCUCCAUCAGUCCGGCGCCUCACACGGCCACAGCCACGGGUUUCCUAGCAACCGCCUGCAGAGCGAAAAAGAGCACCGUCACACUCACAGCCACGGCAACGCCAGCGUGAAGGCCGCCUUCAUCCACGUGGUGGGAGACCUGCUGCAGAGCGUCGGAGUCCUGCUGUCGGCCACCAUCAUCCACCUCUGGCCUGAAUAUAAAAUAGCAGACCCGAUUUGCACGUUCCUGUUCUCUGUCCUGGUUGUUGUGACGACACUUCCGGUCACGAAGGAUGUUUUCAGGAUACUGAUGGAGGGCACUCCUCAGGGCAUAAACCACAGCACUGUGCGAGAGCUGCUGCUGUCGGUGAGAGGAGUCGUAGCCGCUCACAGUCUGAACAUGUGGAGCCUCAACAUGACUCAUUCUUUACUCUCCGUCCACGUGGUCGCAGAGGAAGAUGCUGAUCUGCAGAUUGUCCUCACGAAGGCGACAAAGCUUCUGCGCUCUGAGUUCAGUUUCAGCGGCAUCACGAUCCAGGUGGAGACUGACGGGCCGGCCGCUCACAGCGCCACGACAUCACAGACUGAACAAUGACCGUGGAAAGAGACGUUAAAGGAAAGGUUUACACUUUGAAUAUAAGGAGGGGGACUAAAGGACUACAGCUGUUACAUUUCAGGAGUUUGGGACACCAGUUGCAAUACAUUUUGCAACUGUUGUCAUGACGAUUACUUUGGAUUCACUGAAUAUGAAGGAAUCUCUGGUCUCAGCUUUAUUUAAUGAUUAUUUAAUUAUUUUAAACACAUUUUAUUCAUAAAUCAAAGCAAAUCUUACAUCUGAUUGUCCAAAUCAAACAAACUAUUUCUUCUAUAUCUGAAUGUACGAACAAAAAAAGCUGUCAAACUCCUUCUCAAAGCUUUACAAGAUAUUUAUUUAACUAUUUAUUUUGUGUUUUAUUACGGCCUCUCGUCCCCCCUGAUGUAUUUAUAACAUAUGUAUAAACAACUGGUAUCUGUUUGUUGUUAAGUCACCAGCAUGUUACAGGAUGUUACGUCUAUAUUUAACUGUAAUGAACAACUUUAAAGACAUACUAUGCAGGAUUUUCCUAAAAAACCAAUGUGUAGACUCAUACUAAAGUAAUCCCUCUUAAUUAUCUCUUUUACAUAACUUGUGAUUUUGUUUGGGGCUUCUCUUCUGUGUCGGCCUCUAUUUAAUAAAUUAUUGUAUUCAUGCUGUUACAUUCAUUAUUAAAUUGGUUGAA